CCCUACCAAGGAAGCGGAUCCUUUCAAGUGGGCUGGUAGCGUGCCACAUUUGAACCUGGUGUAUGUUGUUUAGCUUUGUAGCACCCACUCUCUUGGAAUUUUGUUAAACCAAUUUGCUCACCACCUCACAUUUUCAAUUUGGUGCUUAACUGAAGAAAAGAAACUAGUAUAUGAAGGACUAUAACACGAUGAACAAUUCAAGUAACAUAUCUCUUCAACACCCUACAGCGUUCCAUCAACCGAACUAUAAAUUGGCCUCACAACUUGUUCCUAUUGCCGUUUCAAUCAUCAUAGCGAAUGGAGUCGUGUUUUAUCUUUUCGGCAAAAUGAGGAGUCUGCGCACUCCUGCAAAUUAUUUCUUGCUGAGCCUUGCUAUAAGCGACAUCAUGACGGGGCUGAUAAAUAUUCCAUUGCUCCUGGUUUUGGUUCAUCUGUCUCCGCUUAGUCCGUCGUUUACUGUGAUGUACUGCACCUCAGAAGUCUUCCAUAACGUAAUUUCAAUUUCGAUAGCUUACCACAUCACUGCUAUUACUAUGGACAAAUAUCUCGCCGUUGUCAACCCCUUUGGACGUUUCUUGAUGACCAGGAAAACAGUGAGGAAGGCAUUAUCAUCCGUAUGGCUUUGCUCAGCGUUCUUGGGGUCAGUACCUGCAACUUGGUGGGAUUCAUGGCUCGCAGAGGACUCUUUCGCUUUAUAUUUACAAGCUGGACACAUUAUUUUCUGUCUUUGCGUGGUGUUUUUUGUUCCGUAUAUGUUUAUCCUUUAUGCCUACGGCGUUAUGUUCAAAGCAGUGUCUAUGAAGCGGUCGUCAAAAGAAUCAUCUGGCCGGAAAGAUUCUCGCGCAUUUAAGAAAGCUAACAACGAAAGGAAAUGCCUCAUUAUUCUGCUCGCAAUGGCGACUGCUUUCGCGAUUUGUUGGAUACCUUGGUUCACUUUAAGAUUAAUCUACGCUGUCUCCACGACUGGAUGGAUAGAUAUCAAAGAUCAGGCUUCUUUUACAGAAGCAUCCCAAAUGUUUGUCAUCAUCAGAUAUAUCAGCUCUGCCGUUAAUCCUUUAUUGUACACAUUCUUCAAACAAGACUUUUGGAGUGCUUUUAAAAUUGUUACAUUGAAAAGGAAUUCACGAAUUCCAUCCAUGACUCCAUCAAUCAGACUAACAAUAACACAAAGAUAUCGAGGCGCAGAGAAACACGAGAACCAUCUAGUAAGGGACAGCAUUGACGAAAUUCAACAAUCAGCCGUCUAAACUGGAACCUUAGUUGUAUUCAUCAAGGUAGUAAUGAAAACUGGGCACCACCAUGAAUAUUACCCUCCAAAUUAAUAUCACCAAGCUUCUUUCCACACAGAAGUUUAAAUGGAUACAGGAAAAGUGUAAGGGUCAUACGACGUAAUGCAGAAAGCAACAAAAACUUCUAAUCACAUCAUUUUAGUGAAAAGAGGAAGAGCCCUGGAUUUGACCAAGAAUCAUUUGUUAACACGAUACUGAUCUGUAUUUCACUUGUAAAAAACCGGGACGAAGAAAUUAAGUCAAAAUAGUGCCAGUUUUAAAAGUGUUUCGAGAAAAAAAGUUGAGCGUGCGCAUUCUCAAAAGAAAGCAUGGAAACUCUGGAAAACCAUAUAUCACUUUAUAAUAAAUUUCGGAAAUAACACACUCUGCAAUUGUUUGAUAGAGCGUGCUGUAUCAGAGUACAGAACCCGGAGCUUCUCUCUGGCUUAUUUUCGUUAAUUGCAAAUGAACUUUUGAAACUAGCCAGCCGGCAAGUAGCGACAGAAGAACCAAACAAAGGUUUGUAAACAUGACAAGCGCCGUAACUGACGUUAUCAGAAUGAUCAAGCAGGAGGACGGGAACGUCAGUUGACAACGGAACGCGCAGCAAAAAUAUUGGAAAGAAACUGGGUCGAGAACGUCGCCCCGUUGUCUCAGAAGUGACGUAGCAGUCGUUGCAACAAGGCGUCAACGUCAAGUUAUACUGAUUCUUGAAUAUCCAAACCUUGGCUCUAUAAAGUUCACCUUCAACCAUUGAAUUUUCAGUUUCAUAGACCACUUUAAGGAAAACGAAAUUAUCUUCUUUGAGAGUUAUGCAGCAAGCGCAAACAGAGGAUAGUUAUAGCUACGGUAAGUAGGUUGUUAAUAUGAAUCCACAUGGGCCUUUAAAUUUGAAAUUAUUACAUUCCAGUUAAGUCUCGGGUCUGUUGAUAGCGUAAGCAGAGACGAAUAGCGUGCAUGCUGUAAAAUUACGUCGGUCUUGCCUUUCUCCGAUGCUUUUUUCACGUAAAUUAUUAUCAAUUAAUAAAACGAUCUCUCUAUCAUAAAAAAUAGCACAAUUUGCCGAGCUUGUCUUUUCACAAAGUUUCAAUUUCAGGGAUUUUUUUCGACUCGCAAAUUUAGAUCACCAAUUCAAGAGCACAAAGUACAUAAAUUUUUUGACAGUUUUUUUCACGUAAAUUUUUUCUCUGUUUGACAUCUACUUUUCCGCUACCAUUAUGACCUGAAAUAUGCACUUUUUAAUCUCGGCUCAGCGAGGGUAGGAGAGGGUAGAGGAGCAUGGAAAUAUAGGGGUUUCUGCCAUAUUCAGAAGAGAUUCGCACUCACUAGAAGAAAACCGUGAUGAUAGAGGGCUUUCUUCAUGUUCUGUGUUGUCCUCACUCUUCGAAUCCUCGUUUUACGGCUUUUGAAAAUCCUUGGAAGGUAUCAUUAGCCGGUGUUUCGCGAUUGCUUGUUUCACAAGGUAAUAGAUAAAAGGUAAUCUAUACCUAGUUUUUACCUAGUAAUAGAAUCGCUUUCGUAAGUCGAAAUUGGCCUCAUGGUCGUUCAUCUUGUUCUUUGCAAUAAUCGUUGGCUCAGAAGUUGACUCGCUAUUGAAAACUAUCCCUAAUAUGACUAAUAUGGUUGUGGCUGUUUGGAUUCCAGCACGACCUUUUAAAAUUUUUUUUUGGUUCCUUUGGAGAUUUUCGUUUCUGUUUGUUCCUCCCAACAAGUAUAGACGAAAAACAUCCCUUUGUAAUGUUUUUUUAUAAAUUUUGCAAUCUCGCCAAAAGUCCUCUCUGAUACAACUGAUGCCUUUAUAAGCAGCGGAUCCCCUCGAACUUUCAUAAUUUCGGUAAGCUGAAAGAUCAAUUGUUACUUACACUACUUAUAAUAAUUCCUAAGUCAUGUAUAUAGUAUUAUAGGAUGC